GGUUUGGCUCCGGGCGCAGACCGUGCGUCCUGGCACGGAGCUGCAGCUCGCUCAGCAGACAGGUGGCUCCUCGUCCUCCGUCUCUUCCGUCUCUUCCGUCUCUGCUGUCAGCCUCAGACCACUCCCUCUCUCAGUGAGAACGGAAGAGCCGCGGUCUAGUCUUUACUUGUCCUCCGCUGCCAUCAGACUUUGUUGUUUUUUCUCUAAUCUCAGGACUAUGCGCUCUGCACAGAAUGGCGGAGCCCAACGCGCUUGACGAACUCCAGUCGGAGCUGACCUGCCCGGUGUGUUUGGAGCUGUUCCGUGACCCGGUGAUCCUCGAGUGCGGACACCACUUCUGCCAGGUGUGCAUCAUCCAGUGCUGGGAGGCCAAGGCGGACGAGCAGUCGAGCUGUCCCAAGUGCAGAAAGUCGUGCUCACGCAAGCUGCGGCCCAACUCGCUCCUGUGCAACGUCGUGGACAGUGUGCGCAGAGCCAGCGUCAUGGACACGGCCGCGGGGAUCCCCGGGUGGGACCCGGAGGGCGCCCUGGAGGAGCCGGAGGAGCGGGAGCCCGGGUCCAGCAUGAGCAGCGUGGCCUCCUCCAUCGGGCACUGGCCGCGCCUGGGCAUGGAUAUGUGCGAGGAGCAUGAGGAGAAGCUGAAGCUCUACUGUGAGGACGACCAGCUCCCCAUCUGCCUGGUGUGCGGCAUGUCCCGGGACCACAAGACCCACAAUGUCAUCCCCAUUACUGAGGCCUUUGAAAACUACAAGCAUAAACUGUCUGUGGCUCUGGAGAGUGUCCAGCUACAGACAGAGGAGGCAACGCUCUUCCAACAACAGACCAACGAAAAGAUCCUCAUCAUUAAGGAGCGAGCGUCAGAUCUGGAGGACCUGGUCUCUGUGGAGUUUGGCCGCCUCAGGGAGUUUCUCCUGGAGGAGGAGGAGCGCAUAAAGGAGAAGCUGCAGAAGCAGAAAGAGGAGAAGCUCAACCAGCUGGAGGAGGCGCUCACUGAAGCGACGGAGCAAAUCAGCGAGCUGGAUAGUACGGCCGAUCAGCUUUGCGUCAAACUGAGGGAGGAGGAGAACCCAGAGCAGCUCAAGGGAAUCAAAGAUUUCAUCGGAGGGGCUGAGAGUUUGUUUGAGCACCCUCCAGAGGUGGGUGUUGAUCUGCAGUCAGGAGAGUUUCUGGGUCCUCUGCAGUACAGGACCUGGAGGAAGAUGAGCUCCAUUUUUCUGCCAGCAGUCACAGCGGUGACCCUCAACCCGGACACAGCCUACCCCUGCUUGUGGGUUUCCCCGUGUUGCACCAACGUCCAGGUGGGCCAAAUCCAGCCCAACCUGCCCAACAACCCGGAGCGCUUCACCCGCUACAACAUCGUCCUGGGCUCCGAAGCCUUCUCCUCUGGCAGACACUACUGGGAGGUGGAGGUGGGCUCCAAGACUGCGUGGGGCCUCGGUGUGGCCGCGGCCUCAGUCAACAGGAAGGAGGAGAUCAGCCUCUGCCCCGACGACGGUUUCUGGACCCUCGUGCUGAGGGACAACGGUGAUGGCACCAGUGAGUACGAAGCGUGCACCGACUCAGAGGACAGCUUGUUGUACCCCUCCAAACCCCCCAGGAGGGUGGGGGUCUAUCUGGACUAUGGUCGAGGCGAAGUGGCGUUUUACGAUGCGGGAGACAUGAGCCACCUAUUCACCUUCUAUGAUGCCAAAUUCAGCGAGCCGGUUUUCCCAUAUUUUAACCCCUGGCCAAUUAUCAACGGACACAAUUGGGAUCCGCUCACUAUAGUAACGCCACACUGGGGAUGAACACUCUUUUUCAUCAUAGGACCCAACAGACUCAGAAUGAAACUGCAAAAAGAGAUUCAGCAGCAGAUGAAGUCGGAUGGACUUGAGCUUUCACACAUCUGCCUUGUUAUAUUCAGCUGAAUGAAUGAUGUUGUGAUGAUUAACAUGCAGGCGAUUAUGAUACUAUGAUUAAGAUGGAACUAGUUAAAGAUGAGACAAAUGAGGACAUGGCUGGAAAUAUUCAACAGUUUCUUAUUGUCGACAAGUUCCCAUGAAAUGACGAAAAAACAACAAUGAAUUUAUUCUACGUGGAAGCAAAACCUGAUGUAGCUCAUUCCCCUGUUCAUUAGACCUAUUUAAAUCCUAACCCCACAGAGUGAGCCACACAGUUGCUCUGGAUCUCACUAACACACACACACACGGUUGUUUUAUUUUGAGUAAAUCCCCCUCACACUCUGCUGCUGCCAUAAAUACUCACUAAAGCACCAAAUGUGUAUUAAUCCACAGAUGAAAAUAGUCCUAAAUGCGCUAUUAUCUCCUUUUUGAAAAAACGUUGCUAAAAUUGCAGUGUCCAGCUGUUGGAGGGAAUUAAUUCGACUAUUUUUUCUUUUUAAUGGAUCUAUAUAUAUUUGUGGCUGUUGUUUUUGCAUUUUUUUUAUAAUCGGCUUCAGUAGAAAUGAAUGGGGUUUGACAGCCAAUCAAAGGUUACAUCCUGGGGGCCUUGACACACCACGGAUGGGGGGGAGGACCCAAAGAUGUCACCACACAUGACCAACCUGCAGAGUCCAGGCUCUAUCUCUCUCUCAGGUGUGGCAUAAAGAAGAUUAACAUCUCAUCUGACAUGACAGAACUUGAACUAAGGGGAACAUUCACACAUGUCUGGUUUUGGUCUUUUCAGGGAACUUGUUGACAAUAAGUAACUAUUUCUACUUAUUAUUUUUCCGUUAAUAUUUUGUGUUGGUCCUGAAUUCAUUUGGAAAAUAGGGGACAUGUAUUAAUUGUAAGAAAUCUAAUCAAAGACUUUACUGAUAGAGUCUUGGCAGAAAGCUUUUUAAUUGUAUAUUAAUGAAUUUUGCUAAAAUAUCUUACUGCAUGUUUUUUCAAAUAACAUAACAACAUCAUAUCUUAUUGCUCUUUUUAUAUAUCUUGUGUUAUACUUGUUAUUACAUCUACAUCUAAAGCAAUGAUGUGUAUCGCAGAUUUAUACAAAUUCUGACUUUACAGCCUUUACAAUGACACCUCUGACCUCUCAGCCAGUCAACUGUGUCCAACACUACACCUCUAACGUGUCACAUCCACGUUAAGAUCAGAGUAAACACUGUGCAAGAUUUUAAUAAAGUGAUUAAAUGUC